AUGGAACAGCCAGUGAUUGCCCAAGCCGAAGAAAAUUCUAUCACUUCACAACCUCUCUCAAAGAAAGCCCAAAAGAGAGCCGCAAAAGCAGCUCGCUUACAAGAUCAAAAGGCUGAACGUCGUGCGCGCGAGAAGGAGGCGAAAAAACGCAAGCGACGAGAGCGUGCACAAGUAGGUGAUACGGAGCCACGGAAGCGUCGUAAGAUGGGUGGAUUUGAUCAAACCUCAUUUGCUGCGCAAGUGGUAAUAGACCUGGGUUUCGAUGACAUGAUGACGGACAAGGUGCGUACGAACACCGUCGUCAUUAUUGUACUGGCACGAGCAUACCUGCAGGAAGUGACCUCUUUAACUUCCCAACUAACAUAUACAUACAGCGCGAAUCGACGAUCAUCUACUCCGUUUACCUCACUAUUAUUUACAUCCCUCAAUGGGCGAACAAAGGCGCGGCUAGAUGCCAUAAACGAUGCUGGAUACAAGCGAUGGACGAAUACAAAGUGGUGGGAGGAAGGUUACGAUCGAAUAUGGACAUCCAAUUCCGAUUCUUGCAGCGGAGAUGAAGGCCUGGAAGCACAACGCGCAAGUGUGGUUUACCUGACCGCUGAUUCCGAGGAAGAGCUCAUGGAACUUAAGGAGGGAGAAAUAUACGUUAUCGGAGGUAUUUGCGAUCACAACCGAUACAAGAACUACCAAGAGCCUGGGCGGGUGGAUCCCUUGGAAAAACCAGAAAAUGGAGUCGUUAUCAUUUUUAGUGACCCUAUGUUCGCCUUCUCCGAUCCGCUCCUCAAAUCCUCCAAUCUCUGCCUUGAAAAAGCCAAAACGUCAUCCAUCCGACACGCACGCCUUCCUAUAGGCCGAUAUAUAGCAUCGUUAACAACGAGGAAGGUGCUCACGGUCAACCAGGUAUUCGAAAUAUUACUGAAGUGGGUUGAAACACGGGACUGGGAGCAGGCAUUUUGGAGCGUUAUUCCAAAGAGGAAGUUCCAAAGGAAAAUGAUCAAUCCAGGUGCAUCCCCUGAGGGAGAGCUUGUUGAAGAUGAAAGUCGGGAGGACCAGGAGGAUGCCGACGGAGCUGAGGUGGUGGCUUCGAGCGAUGAUGGGGAAGAAAAUGACCAGGACGACGGGGUUUCCAGCUCUAGAUCCCAACCAGUGCUACCCAUGGCAUGUCGAUAA